UGUGUCAUUUUAGGCUUCUCUUGACUAAAAUAUGUUUUGAAGGAGGUGGCGGCUGUAGGCAAGGGGAGGCGCGGCCCUGUAGGGCGGUUGUCGUGCUCAAGUGUGCGUGGGGCGGUAGGUUCGUGCCCCGGUGUGCAUGGACUCUUGCCCGCUUUGUAGUCGCAGGCUGGCCCCCAGUUUGGUCUUUAUUUGUAGAGUUACUUAGUGGCUGUCAGUCCAGUCAGUGAGGGACUUCUAGUUUUUCUUUAGAAGCAGACGCGACUGGCCGAUCGCGCCGUUUUCACCGAAACGCAACAGAUCGACAGGCUGGGCUCUCGCACUUAUACCAACAAGUAGACAGCAAUCGUUAAGACACGCGAGGCAGCUAUCAGCGCGCUCCGCGCGGAGGAGCCCGACUACAUCCUUCGCGCGCAAGCAGCUGCGGAAGGCGACCUACCAGCAGCGUGCCCAGCUCCGGGCGCAGGCGCUGGUCCAGACCAGGGUCCUGGGGGCUCCGGCUCGGGUUCGGACUCUGGCUCAGGCUCGGGCACAGGUGACGGCCCGACCAAGGCCCGACGCAGCCGGCAGACUGAGCGCUCGCCGCACCGGCGCAGCCCCAGCAGCAGCAGCAGCAGCAGCAGCAGCGGCAGCAGCAGCAGCAGCGACAGCAGCAGCUGCAACAGCGACAGCGACAGCGACGGCAAGGACGACGGCCGGGGCCAGCAGGUGUAUCUCCGCGGCUGCGGCCACUGCGGCCGGGACGGCCAUCAGUGGCGGACCUGCCGCAAGCUCACGGAGCUGUCUGCGGCCAAGCGCAACGCCCGGGAGGCGCAGCUGGAGCAGCGGGGGGGGGUUGUUGCCGGGCGGCGCCGCGCGGGCCGGGCGUCGCCCUAUAUGGCUCCUGCGGCGGCCGUCGCCGCCGCGGACGCCCCGCCUGUUCAGGCGCCGGCGGCGGAUCCCCCGCAGGCAGCACCUGACGAAGAUCUGGAGGACACAGUUCUGGCGCGUAGCGCGGCGCUGGCGGAGGCCGCAGCGCUGCAAGAGUGGCUUGAUACUGGCUGACGCAGCCGCAGACCUCUCAUGGUGAUGGGACGUGCUGCGGAGCGACUCCAGCGUGUGGCAUGGGGCUCACCGCUGCACGGUAGCGGAUUUGGAAUUGGUACGGGGGGAGUUUGAGGCGGAGCUGGCCGGCAAGGUCCUGUGGGCUUUCCCGCCGACAGCGCUGAUCGGCCAGGUCCUGGAGACGCUGGCGGCAGCGGCAGCAAUCAGCAGCAGCACUCGGGCCACAGUGGUGGUGCCGCACUGGCCGCAGCAGCCAUGAUUCCGCCGCUGGGCGGGGGGCAGCAGGGGUAAAGGCAGCAGGGUGUUUAAGGUGGCGGAGGUGAUCGAAGCAGGGCGCAUGGUUUGCCUAUGGCCUUGGGGGAAGGUGGCCGAUCCCGCCCCGUACGACCUGCUGUACGUACUCCGUAUGAACUGACUCGCCUUGCCCGCUGUGAGCAGAGCACGUGGCGCGCGGCGUCCUCGGCUGCGCGGCGUGCGCGAGGCCCUGCAGCGCCGCCGACUUGUGCUGUGACACCUGCGCCCGGCGGCACCGGCGCUGCGCAGGCGUGCCAGCCACCGCCUACCCCAGCGGGCUUUUCCGCUGUGCGCGCUGUAUCCUGACGGCGGCGGGCGUUAGGCCGGCGACGGUGCCCGCAGGGGCGCUGUCGCUGGCCGGCAACUUGGUCGCGUUAGCGGGGAGCUCGGUCGCCGCGAGCUCGGCAGUCACAUACGCCACGGCGCGGCGCCGCAUCGUCAAGUUCGGCAGCAAGGAGCUCGGGUUGGCGGAGGAUGCUGUGCUGCCGCGGGCGCCGGGGCUGGACCUCAACCCCACCGUCGUGUGCUUGUGGCUAGCGCACGACGGGCGUCGCCUGGCCCUCAGCACGUGGGAGGGGACGAUCAGCGCGUUGGCAGACUGGCAGCGUUCCAAGGGCAUCAGCGGAGACAGGCUCAUCAGCCACGGUGACGGGGACCCGCUCUUCGUACCGCUGGUCGGGCGGGUGCGGGGAACGGCAACGCCGCGGGCGUGGUUCACACCCCGGUUACGGGGGCUGCUGCUGCAACUGGCAGCGCACCAGGAGAGGACCGUGGACGUGGCGAGCUACACAGCCCACAGCCUGCGGCGGGGGGCGCGACGGCGGCCGCGGUGGCGCUGGAAGACAUCAGGGAGCAGGGGCGUUGGCGCUCGGACGCUGUUCUGGAGUACAUCAAGAAGCCAGCUCGGGUGCGGCAGCAGGUAGUAGCGCGUAUGUGAGGAUCGGGUUGGGGGGAGGUUUCUGCUUGGCGGCAAACGGGAAGCUGCCGGGCAGACCCGCAGCCGCAGCCAGGUGGAGGGCUGCGGCAGGGCCAAGGCGCGAGCAGCGCGCAAUAGGUCAGCUAGGCCCUAUUUCUCCCCCUACUUUCAUUUGCCGACUCCCGGGCUGGGACCACUGUGACGGUGCGUGACGUUGAGCAAUGCGUGAGUUACAGGGCAACGGACGCUCGCAGUGAUGGUUAUCGGGGCUGGUAAUGUGUGGGAGGUUGGGUCUCCUCUGUCAAUCGCUGUCGUGCGUCUCCCACAACCGUGAGCAGCCAGCCUAUCUCAAAGUGUCAUUUUAGGCUUCUCUUGACUAAAAUAUGUUUUGAAGGAGGUGGCGGCUGUAGGCAAGGGGAGGCGCGGCCCUGUAGGGCGGUUGUCGUGCUCAAGUGUGCGUGGGGCGGUAGGUUCGUGCCCCGGUGUGCAUGGACUCUUGCCCGCUUUGUAGUCGCAGGCUGGCCCCCAGUUUGGUCUUUAUUUGUAGAGUUACUUAGUGGCUGUCAGUCCAGUCAGUGAGGGACUUCUAGUUUUUCUUUCCCACCCGCCCGCCCUGUCUUUGGAUGUGUUUUCUUUUGUGAGGGUUGCUUGGUGUAGCGGAGUUAGGGGUUUCCGCCCGGGGGGAGGUUUCUGCUUGGCGGCAAACGGGAAGCUGCCGGGCAGACCCGCAGCCGCAGCCAGGUGGAGGGCUGCGGCAGGGCCAAGGCGCGAGCAGCGCGCAAUAGGUCAGCUAGGCCCUAUUUCUCCCCCUACUUUCAUUUGCCGACUCCCGGGCUGGGACCACUGUGACGGUGCGUGACGUUGAGCAAUGCGUGAGUUACAGGGCAACGGACGCUCGCAGUGAUGGUUAUCGGGGCUGGUAAUGUGUGGGAGGUUGGGUCUCCUCUGUCAAUCGCUGUCGUGCGUCUCCCACAACCGUGAGCAGCCAGCCUAUCUCAAAGUAAUCGGUGAGGCGUCGAACGGAGCGCCCGCGGGUGAGGCCACGUGCUGUGUGGAAAGGGGCGCUUCCAAAACCAAGCCAAGCGCUGCCGUACGAGGACGUCGGUAGCUGCUUGUCUCACGAGAGCUGUUUCUCUGUUUGUCCUAGGCGGGUUGGAUGACAGGAUCAGGCUCAGGCGGAGCCGGUUGGUUAGUUUUCUUUCACGACGCACAGGCUGUCAAACUCAACCUUUCCACCCCAGGGAACAUGAGGUCUGAUAAAUCCGUUCAAGAAACUUAGCCCCUGAGCCCAGCUAUCCGAGCUCUGGACGCUUCAUUAUGUUGGUGGUG